AUGCAAAUGCCCGACGAAAUCCUCAACGAUAUCUCGCAUCGCCGCUACAACCCACUCCGGGGUAGCUGGCUGCUUGUCUCUCCGCAUCGUACCAAGAGGCCAUGGCAAGGUCAGAAAGAAGAGCCUUUAAGAGUCACACUUCCAGAAUACGAUCCUGAGUGCUACCUCUGCCCGGGCAACAAAAGAGCCCAAGGCGAUGUGAACCCGUCGUAUAAGGAGCCGUUCUUCUUCGUUAACGACUACAGCGCAGUAAAGGAAUCCCAGGCCGAGUAUCAAGCCGACGGAGACGCCAAUGACCUCUCCAACACCCUCCUCCGCGCUGCCCCCGUGACAGGAAAAUGCUACGUGCUAACCUUCUCCCCGACGCACAACAAAACGCUCGCAGACCUCACCCCCCUCGAGAUCCUCCCCGUAGUAAAAACAUGGACCGCACUCUACGCAUCACACAUCUCUCCGUCCUCCCCCUUGUCCAAGAUCCCCCAACCAGCUCCAGCAGCGGGACAAGAACUGGUGAAGACAGUAGAGCAGUACCGCUGGAUGCAAAUAUUUGAGAACAAAGGCGCGGCGAUGGGGUGCUCGAACCCGCAUCCGCACGGGCAGAUAUGGACGACGACCGGUCUCCCCGAGGAGCCUGCUACGGAACUCACGAAUCAGGUCGCUUACAUGCGAGAGAAGGGGAGAAGUUUGCUGUGCGAUUACGUGAAAGUGGAGCUGGAGAAGAGGGAGAGAGUGGUGUUUGAGAAUGCAAGCUUUCUGGUCUUAUGUCCGUGGUGGGCGGUAUGGCCGUUCGAGGUCAUGGUGGUGAGCAAGGCGCAUAAGAGGGCGCUUGUUGAUCUGAGUGAGAGCGAGCAGGGGGAUUUCGCGGAGGCCGUAGGUGAGGUUACGAGGAGGUAUGAUAAUUUGUUCGAGACGAGCUUUCCGUAUAGCUCUGGCAUCCAUCAAGCUCCCCUCGAAGGCACGGAUGAUGAGAUCAACAGCAGUCAUCUGCAUAUGCAUUUCUACCCUCCUCUUCUGCGCAGCGCCACAGUGCGCAAGUUUCUUGUAGGUUACGAGUUGAUGGCUGAGCCGCAGCGGGAUAUCACGCCCGAGCAAGCUGCCAAAAGGUUGCGCGAGGACUGUGGAGGAGAGCUAUACAGGAGGAACCCCAAGUAA